AUGAAAGUCCCCAUGGCAUUGUUUAUCGUCCUGCUGUCGUGGCUGGCGUUGGGCCGCGGCCAGUUCCAGGACGAAAUGCAGGACUUCGACAGGUCCUGCCUGGGGGAAGACAAGUUCCGGUGCGGCGAUGAUACCUGCAUUUCUCAGGAACAAUAUUGCGACGGUAGAAUGAACUGCGCGGACGGCUCCGACGAGAAUUUUUGUAUCGAACACUCACCUGACCCGAAAACAUGCGCGCAGUCAUCGCAUUUCCUCUGCGCAGACAAAAAAAAAUGCAUCCCCAAUCAUUGGAUCUGCAACAGUCUGAACGACUGUGAUGACGGCAGUGACGAAUUGAAAUGCGAUGCGCCGCAGACGCCUCUGAGUGCUCAGAAUAAAUCAUGCAUGGGGUUCACAUGCGACGGUGAUAAGUGCAUAUCUGACGCCUGGGUCUGUGACGGCAAAUACGAUUGUAAGGACAAGAGCGACGAGUCACAAAAGAAUUGCAAGGGGAACCUCCGCCGUAUAAGAUACGUAGACAUGAACCUAUGUGACGGCAUCAAGGAGUUCUCAAAGAACAUCACGAAAAAUUACCGUUGCAUCGACUCCUCAUACUGCCUGCCCUACGAUAAGAUGUGCGACGGAAUGGCGGAUUGUCGCGACGGCAGCGACGAGGGCGGCUUCUGUGCACGAUGGUUCACAGCAUGCUCAAAAGGGGUGUGCGAAGGGAAUGCAUCUUGUGUCCCAGAAAGAUACGGCUUUUUCUGCGCCUGCCCACUACUCAACAAGCAAGUUUACGAUUACAAUACGAACACGUGUAAGGACAUAGAUGAAUGUGACGCGAUCAAGCCGGUCUGCUCCCAAACCUGCAUGAACACCCUUGGAAGUUUCUACUGCCUGUGCAAACCUGGUUAUACCCUUCAAAAUGACGUCAUGUGUUAUGCGAAUGAACCCGAAAAACAACUACUGUUCUACAGUACUAAAGAUGAGAUUGGAUAUAUAUCAAUACAGUCAAAAACACAAGUGACUUUGGCUACUGGUGUCAAACAGGCCCAUGGCGUAACGUAUGAUGGAAACCACGUGUUUUGGGUGGAAACCGCUGAGGGUCACCAAGCUAUAUACAAAGGUCAUUUAGACAACAUCGAAGGUACUAAACAGGUGAUCGUAAGUCUAGGUUUGCAAGACCCGGGUGACUUGGCCCUGGACUGGUUGGGGGGCCACAUUUACUUCACAGACGCCGAAAGAGGCAUGAUAGCCGUUUGCCGCACCGAUGGAGCCUUCUGUACGAUCUUACCAGUGAUCACUCACAGCCCCAAGUUCGUCACCUUGGAUGUUGAACAGGGGAAAAUGUACUGGGCGGACUUCUUCGGCGUGCCUCUCAUCAUGCAGGCUAGGAUGGACGGCACCAACUCGGAGGUCCUGGUGGACAGGCUGUCAACCGUCGCGACCGGCCUCACCGUGGACGCCGCAAGCGGCAGGCUUUACUACGUCGACAAAACCAUUUAUGUUGUCCGGCUUGAUAACAGACAGGUUUACUCAUUCUUCAAGGACUCCUUCAACCACCCGUACUCUAUUGCGGUCUUCGAGAACACGGUGUACUGGAGUGACUGGACAUCCAGGUCCAUACAGACAAUGCACAAGCUGCAGGAGAAUGCGAGGAGCCGUUUGAUGGAUAUGAACGCUACGGUCUUUGAUAUGCAUUUUUACCAUCCAACGCUGGUGAAGCCGACCGGGAACCCCUGCUUCUUCCACUCAUGCUCUCACAUCUGUUUGAUCAGCUCCAAUGUGACUCGCACCUGUGCUUGUCCAGACGGCAUGGAAUUGGAUAGCAGUGGUUCUACAUGUGUUUAUAUAAAGAACUUCCGUCCACAAUACCUUGUAGUGGCAGCUGGGGCCACUUUCACGAAAAUUGAGUACAAUAACCUUCACAACCCGGAGAUUAACAGCGUGCACUUCAACAUAGCCUGGGUGCGCGCCAUGGCUUAUGACAGGGUCAGAGAUGUACUAUACAUAUAUGACGGAGGAAGGAAAAUUAUUAGCAACAUUAAUAUGACAGACUUUUUGCUGGGCGUCCCUCACACAGUCAUUGACAGCGGAUUGGUCGACGUGGUGCAUAUGGAUUAUGAUUACGUGUCCGACAACUUAUACGUGUUGGACGCGGGUAGGAAGGUGAUGGAGGUGGUGUCGCUCAAGAACCACAACAGGGCGUUGCUGCACAGGUUCAAAGACGAGGAGGUCCCUAUGAGUUUCUGCAUUGUGCCUUUAUACGGGAAAAUGUUAAUAUCAGUCCGAGACACAGAGCUCAGCACGGACGUCCGCAUCAUCUCAAUGGGACUGGAUGGCGGCAACAGGAGGACCAUCAUCAAUAACGAUCUGAUAGGUCCACAUACAAGCCUACAGUACUCCUUCAUGCAAGACACCAUCUAUGUAGCAGAUGAGGGUAACAACAUCAUAGAUGAAAUGAGUACUGAAGGAACCGAACGCAGGACAUACAGGGCGUUGUCCACGUCAGUCAUGGAGCUGGCUGUGACUGACACCUUCGUGUUUUGGACGGACAAACUGACCCAUCGAUUGUUUUGGGCAGAUGUGACUAGUCGCUCUCAGCGGAUCAGGAGAAUACAAUUGUCGAUCUUCCCCAACGACACUCGGCUCCACAUACUGGCGACGGACCAACCUAUCAGUUCCCUACUAAACAAAUCACUCAUGAUCCAUCCCUGCGCCACUAACAAUAACUGCUCACACAUUUGUGUCCAAACCACUCACGGGUACCCGCCUCGGAUUCAGCCCACGCCUUUCAAAAUGGACUACAAAUGUCUAUGCCCGCCAAACUUGAUACUUGUCAAUGGUGUAUGUAGAGAAUUGAAGGAAUGUAAAAGUGCAACGCAAUACUAUUGUCACGCGAGUAACGAAUGCAUUAUGAAAAGUAAGCGGUGCGACGGGACCAAGGAUUGCAAGUACGGGGAAGAUGAAAAAGGCUGUGAGGUACAGACUAAAGUCAGCGCCGGUAUGGAAGGAAAAAAAAUAGACCCGACUCCCUUAGCGUCGGGAAGUAACGUGGGGACUCCGCCUAUUGAGCCCCCAAGUCUGGAAUCAAAACCGUCACCCGAUGUGGAAUCCCCGGAAAAAGCUGUCUGUCCUGUCAAGUCAUCAUCAAAAAUUCCAGUACAGACUAAAGUCAGCGCCGGUAUGGAAGGAAAAAAAAUAGACCCGACUCCCUUAGCGUCGGGAAGUAACGUGGGGACUCCGCCUAUUGAGCCCCCAAGUCUGGAAUCAAAACCGUCACCCGAUGUGGAAUCCCCGGAAAAAGCUGUCUGUCCUGUCAAGUCAUCAUCAGAAAUUUCAACACAGACUAAAGUCAGCGCCGCACAGACUAAAGUCAGCGCCGAUAUGGAAGAAAAACAAAUAGACCCGACUCCCUUAGCGUCGGAAAGUAACGUGGGGACUCCGCCUAUUGAGCCCCCAAGUCUGGAAUCAAAACUGUUACCCGAUGUGGAAUCCCCGGAAAAAGCUGUCUGUCCUGUCAAGUCAUCAUCAAAAAUUCCAGUACAGACUAAAGUCAGCGCCGGUAUGGAAGGAAAAAAAAUAGACCCGACUCCCUUAGCGUCGGGAAGUAACGUGGGGACUCCGCCUAUUGAGCCCCCAAGUCUGGAAUCAAAACCGUCACCCGAUGUGGAAUCCCCGGAAAAAGCUGUCUGUCCUGUCAAGUCAUCAUCAAAAAUUCCAGUACAGACUAAAGUCAGCGCCGGUAUGGAAGGAAAAAAAAUAGACCCGACUCCCUUAGCGUCGGGAAGUAACGUGGGGACUCCGCCUAUUGAGCCCCCAAGUCUGGAAGCAAAACCGUCACCCGAUGUGGAAUCCCCGGAAAAAGCUGUCUGUCCUGUCAAGUCAUCAUCAAAAAUUCCAGUACAGACUAAAGUCAGCGCCGGUAUGGAAGGAAAAAAAAUAGACCCGACUCCCUUAGCGUCGGGAAGUAACGUGGGGACUCCGCCUAUUGAGCCCCCAAGUCUGGAAUCAAAACCGUCACCCGAUGUGGAAUCCCCGGAAAAAGCUGUCUGUCCUGUCAAGUCAUCAUCAAAAAUUCCAGUACAGACUAAAGUCAGCGCCGGUAUGGAAGGAAAAAAAAUAGACCCGACUCCCUUAGCGUCGGGAAGUAACGUGGGGACUCCGCCUAUUGAGCCCCCAAGUCUGGAAUCAAAACCGUCACCCGAUGUGAAAUCCCCGGAAAAAGCUGUCUGUCCUGUCAAGUCAUCAUCAGAAAUUUCAACACAGACUAAAGUCAGCGCCGGAAUCCUAGUUGGCGAACAUGAAGCAGAAGUUGUUUGUCCGGAAAAUAAAGCAAAUUGUUACGGAAAAUGUAUUCCUAAACAUUGGCACUGCACGCUUACACUUAUCACCAAUUCAGAAUCAGUCUUGAGAUGUCCGGAUGAUGAUAAAUUUAAUUGUAAAAAUACGACCCUUUGCCUGGAUCGUUCGGUUUUGUGCAAUGGAUAUAAGGAUUGCCCAGAGCAUGAUGACGAGAACCCAGACAUCUGUGGCACUUGGACUUGUCUAGAUGAUGAGUUCAUGUGCACCACAGGAUCAUGUAUCAUGAACUCAUUCCGAUGUGACGGCGAAGACGAUUGCACAGAUGGAUCUGAUGAGAAAAACUGCGGUCGCAAGGUAUGCAGUGUAGGUCACUUCAUGUGUCGUAACAAAGAAUGUAUAAAUAUCAAACUGAAAUGCGACGGUGUACCUAAUUGCAAAGACAAUUCUGACGAAGUUGAUUGUAAAGAGCCACUUAUAGAAUCCAACGAGGUGGAUGUACCGCAAUGCGCUGAAGAAGAGCACGCUUGCGAACUAAACAGGACAAUAUGCAUACCUGCUACUGCUCGAUGCAACAAUAAAUCGGAUUGUCCUAGUGGCACCGAUGAGCUAGACUGCGAUGAUUUUUGCGAACCUCGGAAGCUGUUCCUUUGCAAGCAGGGGUUAAAAUGCAUUGAGUAUAAAAAAGUGUGUGAUAGCAGAAAAGAUUGCGAAGACGGAUCUGACGAAAUAGCGGAAUCUUGUGCAAAAGUAAACCGUACUUCGUAUAUUCAGCCAAGGACGGUGUUACCGAGAGACCAAUGCCGCAACGGUUUCUUGUGCAACAGCUCGCAGUGUUUGGAGUGGAAGGAAGUCUGUGACAAGACGAUCCAUUGUUCCGAUGGCACAGACGAGGAUGGGCAAUGUGAAACGGCGUGCAAGAACCACACCUGCGACUACUUCUGCCACGCCACGCCCUCCGGCCCCGUCUGCUUCUGCCCUGAAGGCCAGACCUUGUACAGAGACGGUCGGUCCUGUGUCGAUGUGGACGAAUGCGAGAACGACGUGUGCCCGCAGUACUGCUACAAUGUCAGGGGAUCUUAUUUGUGCUCCUGUUACCAUGGAUACGCUUUAAGGUCAGACCACCACAGAUGUAAAGCGCUCAGGGGUGAAAUGGAAAUCGUGUUCGUAUCCAGUAAUGUGGUGCAAUCCGUGACCGUGAAGGGAUUGCCCCACAUUGAGUAUGUGGACGAGACUUCAACGAGGCUUACCGACAUUGAUAUCGAUUAUAGACGCAACAAUUUGUACGUGGCCGUACCUGAUAGACAGAAGCUGGUUGUGGUUACUGGGCCGGACAGGACCAAUGUCACUGUCAUCACCAACAUUGGUGAACCAACCAGGGUUGCUGUGGAUUGGGUAACCGGCAACGUUUACUUCUCUGACGAGGGCCCGGACAGCUGCAUACGGGUGUGCAACGUCGAGCUGAUGAAAUGCGCCAGGCUGCAGAGGCUGCCGCUCAUGGGGCGGGUUAAGGUAACAUCACUAGUGGUGGACCCGAGCUCCGCCCGCAUGUUCUACUGCGUCACGCACGCCGGCGAGUCGGUGGUGUGGCAGGCUUCCCUCAGCGGGAAGGAUAUAUUCGAACUGCUGUACGUCGGCAACUGUUCCGGGCUGGCGGUGGACACGUUCCAAAAGAUACUAUACGUGGCUGAAACUGGACCCACUAAGCUGACUAAGAUCAGUUAUGACAGGGAGGCUCGUUUCAGCAAAAAAGUAUUCCACGGACAGUCGCAUUUCGACGCGCCCCACAACUUGGCGCUCCACGAGGACUAUAUUUACUACCAAGUCGGGCGCACCUCUCAACUCGGCCGUUGCGAACUGUACGGCGCCAAGAAAUGUACGCCGUUCAUCGUCAGGAUGGCGCACGCGCACACGUUCGUUAUCAAACAGGAGAGCGUGCAGAGGAGCGAUAUUGUCAACUCGUGCGUCGGGGUUCCGUGUUCGAAUCUGUGCGUUUUGGACGCGUAUAAGCCGUUAUGUCUGUGCAAUAAUGGCAGAAUAGCGAGGAAGGAUGGCAAGUGUGCGGUAACUGAUAAUAACAAGCUGCCGCUUUUCAACGACUCGACAGGCGAUACCUUUAUCAGUUUAUUUGUGAUUAUGGUCUUCUGUAUCUUUAUUCCUGUUGCAACUACCUUCUGCAUUGGUUAUAUUGUAUGGAACGUCUGCCCGAUUUUAUGCUGUAAAAAAUGGAAGAACAGAGAUAGGACUUACGUGGGUGUGUCAUAUAGACAAGCGGCAGCCGCAGAACCCACCCCAUCCGGUUCCGCUAUAGAUUCUCCCACCACUCUGGAACAGCCGGAUUCCCCUUCCGUAGAGUUCAUAGAAACAGAGCCGUCAACACUCUCACCGCGGGCUCGUAUAAAUCUUAGAAGUAAUCCGUUGGAAUAUUUCCGACAGAACAUGAGGGAUUUCUGGCAUAACUCUGUACGAAGAUACAGGAGAAGAGGCACGCCACAUGCUCAACCUGCCCAGGAAUUUUCAAAUGAGCCAGACCCAGAGCCGACGACGUCUACAACUCGGUCCCCGCCUGCAGCGUUUUCAGACACGGAGUCCGACAUGGACGAGAAGGACAGCCGCGUUGUCACCUCGCAGAGCUCUCUUACGCCGGAAUAAAAAAAAAUAGGCAUACGAAACGCUUUAUUGCCAAGCCCUAAAUUUCGCGCCCUAAUUUAAAAAAAUAUGGAUGAAAAUACUUUUUGGUAUUAUUUCGAGAGCCGAUGUUUGCGGAACCGAAGAAUGCAGCCGGAAUU